GAAACGUCCAGCUUGCGCUUGGAGGAUACAACUAUCGGUAACCGCGAAACACUGAAACCCAGUUUCGAAAUUCUCAAUCCACUGUCACGGCCCAUAAUCAGAGCUUUUAGACGGGUCCUUGAUAACUGCAGUGUCUCUCCGGCAACAACUCACAACCUCUGCAGCCAUAUUCAACACCAUAGAUAUUUUCCCGUCGACACCCCUCACACCAUGAGCACCUCCAACUCAUUUCUAAACCCACAAUCUGAGAAAGAUGAACUCCUCACCUUCCUCCGCUCCCUCAUCAACAAGAACCUCCGUAUAACCAUCACCGAUAACCGCAUGUUUUGGGGCACCUUCAAGUGCACCGACGCUCAAAGCAACAUAAUCCUCCAACACACCUACGAAUACCGCCAGCCCUCAGCCCAGCAAAUAUCCGAAGCUGCCGCGGCAGCUACCGCAUUACCGUCACCACCGAGGGCAAACCCACCACUUUCAGGAGAAGGAGAUGGUGCUGGUGAUGUCGGUCCUGGAGAAGAAUCAGGUCAUGGGAAAGAUAGAAACAAGAGCAAAGUAAAAUUGGACAUGACGUCACGGUAUCUUGGGCUGGUCGUGGUUCCGGGGCACGUUAUCACGCGGAUCGAGGUCGAGGAGUUUGUGAGCCAGAUGCGCGGGAGGGAGUUAAAAGUCUUGGGGGUUCGGGAACACGGGGUAGCAGUGAGCUGAGGAAACGGGAGGUUAGGUUGUGCUGUGAGUAGCCGGGCGAAGCAGGAUAGUGUUGGGGGAGGUAUAACCUCGAUAGACGAGUCAGUUGGGACUAUCGUCUCUGCAUGGGCAGCCUUGCUGGGUGAAAGGCCACCACCAGGGAGAGGCAUAUGAUAGGACAGGGCAUGUACAAACACAGUCCAGCCAGAGGACGACGAACCAAGAUUGUGUCGACGAGCCCAUAAGAACCGACGCUAAUUGUCUACAAAACAUGGGCCGCAGAGAUCAUCAUGUGCUCGAGCACCUUUCCCAUUCCUCACCAAAUCGAAACCUU